GGAUGGUCGUGUCGUUCGUCCACCCAUGAAGCCCGAUCCGGGGCUUCUUCCUCUUUGUCUUCUCCCCCAAUUCCCCUCCUCUCCUCUUCUUAAUCCCAUGGGUGGACGUCCCAUUCCCCGCCGAGGGUUGGAGUUCCGGUCCCCUUCUUGAUGCGUUAGCCGUGGUCCUACCAUGGUCCUCCGCCGCGAUGCCUUGUUGGAAGCGCAUUACGAAUUCGCCCUCCACCUCUCCCCCCCGAAAAAGCUCCUCUUCCUCCUCCGCCUCCCUGGCAUCCCCCCGCCGUGACCUGGACUCACCCGCCAGCCGCCGCAGCACCAGCAACCCCGCCUCACCCGCCAGCCGCCGCAGCACCCGCCGUGACCCGGCCUCACCCGCCAGCCGCCGCGAUCCCCAGCACCAGCAACCCCGCCUCACCCGCCAGCGCAAGCUUCGCCACCUCAGCAACGUCGAAAUCGGCGGCCUCGGCGCCGCCGCCGCCGCCGCCGCCUCCCGCGGCUCUGCCAACUCGACCCCGGUAUCCCGUUCCCUGAGCAACAUCAACUGCGUGCUUCACGUGCGGUCGACCUCGUCACCCGUGCUGCCCCGUCCGCUCCCCCUGCCGGAAUCCGGGCAGCUGGGGUUUGAGUUCUCGUCCCCGAGCAGUUGCCCCCUGCCUUCGCCCGGAGGGGCUUCGUGCGGACCGGAAGAGGAGGAAGCGAAUGGCGCUGUAGUUGGGAGUAGGUUGGCCAACCAUAUCGGUCGCGUAAAUCCGGAGCACAAUGAUAUACAAUUGAAUGGAUCUGCUUUUAGCCAUCAUAGGAAGGUGUUCCAAGAUCCAAAUUCUUUUGAUACUGGGAACUUCAUCUUAAAUAUACCUGCUAAAAGUGCUCCAACUAGUGGUUUUUCAAGUCCUGUACGUAGUCCUCGAAGAUUGAGUAAUGUGGACAUUUCUGCUUCUGGCAUUGUCCCUCCAGGUUUUCAACAUUGGUCAUCUCUAGAGAUCCCUUCAAUAGAUAUGAUGACAAACUUUUCUCCCCGAGCUUCACCCGAGAAAAUUCCCAGAAGUCCUGAUUGCUCACCGCUUCAUAGUCCAGCAAGGAAAUGUCCUGUUUUAAGACCAAGAAAUCCUAGUGCACCUCCAUCACCAUUGCAUUCAAAGAUGUUCCCAGACAAUCCUGUCACAUGGCAUGAAAGUAAUAACAAUGUCAGCGUCCAUCCUCUGCCCCUCCCUCCAGGAGCUCCAGCUCCUUCACUGAUGACAGGUCAAUGGCAGAAGGGAAAACUUAUUGGAAGUGGUACAUUUGGGAAUGUUUAUGAAGCCACCAAUAGAAAGACUGGAGCUUUAUGUGCGAUGAAGGAAGUCAAUAUAAUUCCUGAUGACUCCAAGUCUGCUGAAUGUUUAAAACAGUUGGAGCAGGAAAUAAAAUUUCUUAGUCAAUUUAAGCACCCAAAUAUCGUGCAGUACUAUGGGAGUGAAACCAUUGAGGAUCGUUUUUACAUAUACUUAGAGUAUGUUCAUCCUGGUUCCAUCAAUAAGUAUGUUCAUCAGCAUUGUGGAGCAAUGACAGAAUCGGUGGUUCGCAAUUUCACUCGUCAUAUUCUUAAUGGGCUGGCAUACUUGCACAGCAAAAAGACAAUGCAUAGGGACAUUAAAGGUGCAAAUUUGCUUGUAGAUGUGAAUGGUGUUGUUAAGCUUGCUGAUUUUGGGAUGGCAAAACAUUUGAGUGGAGCGGCAGCGGUACUUUCACUUAAGGGGACACCACACUGGAUGGCUCCAGAGGUGUUGCAGGCUACAAUGAACAAAGAUAUUGGUUAUGAUCUUGCUGUUGACAUAUGGAGUUUGGGUUGCACAGUUAUUGAGAUGUAUACAGGGAAACAUCCUUGGAAUGGUCUUGAAGGGCCAGCAGCUAUGUUCAAGGUCUUACAUAAAGACCCGCCUAUUCCUGAAACAUUAUCCUCUGAGGGUAAGGACUUUCUUCGGCGUUGCUUUCGUAGGAAUCCAGCAGAAAGGCCAACAGCAAACAUGUUGCUUGAACAUCCUUUUAUACGAAACUCCCACCAUUACAACCUUCAUGGUUCCAUAGAGGCAUUUGCAGGAAUUAAAAUAGAUACAACUUACAGUUCAAGAGACAGAACCACAUCGAAAAGUGACACAUGCAUGAAUGCAAAUCGGUCAUCAAAUGGCGAAGCCAGCCAUUCUUGUCCUGAAACUUCUGAAUCAGCAGCCUCCCGUCCCUCACCUUACUCAAACUCUGAGAUUGCACCAUGUUUCUCCGCUCAUCCAAAUUACAUUGGGCCAAGUCUGCCUGGCUCUACGACAAAGAUUUUGAAUGGUAUACAAUUGGCUGCUGGCAACUUUCAGCUAUAUACAUUACCCAAGCCUCAUGGAAAGGAAGUUUUGAAACUCCUCUGAUUUUGGCUGGUUGUUUUCCCCUCGGGAUCAAAUGAAGGUGCUUUCAGCCAUUCAAUUCUUUUAGGAGCUGAGUUGUACAGUUGGGAUGAAUACCACGAGGCCCUCUGAUUUUUCUCGCGUUGCCUUUUUUGACUUUUGCAACACUGCUUGAAGACUAUUAAUUCACAUAACUAUGAGGGUAUAGGAGGUUAUGUAUCCCCCAAAUCAGCCUCGCUUGAUCUGGUUACUCUUUAUAUAAUGUUGGACAGGGGAAAUAGGAAGCCAUAUGUUGUACACUACUGUUGCAUUGAAGAACUUCAUCAAAGGGUUGAAGUUCUGUCCAGGGACUCGUUGAUGACAUUAAUGUGUAUGUAGUUUUCCGAAUCAAACUUCAGUUGUAGAUAAUCUUAGUCCUCUAAUUGUAUGUUCUUGGUGAACUACUUUUUCACUAAUUAAUGCCAGUAAAUUGAGGUGUUACAGUCACCAAUACAAGUUCCUUAACAAA